AUGGCUGUCACUGGAUCUUCCUCCAAAACACCCGCUCGCGGGACGUCGGUGAGGGGAAAGGGCAGAGAUAAAGCAUCCGCCAUCGAGAUCCCCGAUGACAGUCCGGUCGAAGUUGGAAGUGCCUCUGAAGAGGAAGAUGAGUUCGAAGAGGUCGAGAUUCCCGGCGCCGGCGUGGCCACCCCGGACGGCCUGUCGUCCGUGGCUGGACCGUCGACAGUCGCCACUCCGGAUGCCGAUGGUCUCGACACCUCGAUGAUGUCAGUGGAGGAUAAUAAUGAAGACUUUGACGAAGACGAAGAGGAGCAAGUCAUCAGCGUCGAGAUUGGUGGUGAGACCCAGGAGGAAAAGGAAAAGCGCAUCGCUCUGGCUCUGCGAAAUAAGGGCAAUUCCACGCAAUCGACUGACUGUCAGGCUCGCCUGCUCUCCCUACUUCCACAUCCUCUGCAAGCGGCAUUCGUGAUUCCGCCGAAACGCUUCCCGGACAAGGCUCAGCGAUCUCGACUCUUCUUCGACGCUCUCCAGAGCCUGGUGACCUGGUGGUCACAGGCGUUCUUCGACGUAUCGGAUACAACGUCAGGACUCCGUACGCGGACGUGGGACGAGGUCCAAGAAGUCAUCGAUACCCUUCCUAAGCUUACGAAGCGGGACUUCCAGUCGGGUACUUUCGCCGGUCAAUCCACACUCGGCAAGAAGGGAAAAGGAAAGAAGAAGGACGAGGAAGUUGAUCCCAUCAUCGAUGCUCUGACCCAAGAGUACGGCGGUGAACGCGUCCGGAGUGUCAACAGCCUUAUGAAGAAGGCUCUGCAGCAGGAGGGUUCGCGAGAUAUGUCGGCCCAACUUUUCGUCGCUCUCGCACGUGCUUGUGGACUUGGAGCUCGGUUGGUAGUCAGCUUGCAGCCCGUGCCAUGGAGGGCGGAGAAGGUCGUGCAGAAGAAGAAGUCUAAGACAGGUGCCGGCAAGGGUGGCAGAUCAUUAGCCAGCAGGCAAGGGAACGGAUCUGAGGCCUCGGAAGACGAGGAUGAGUUCGAAGAAGUACCUAUUCCGUCGGCUGGCUCCAGUUCCAAGAGACAGAAAAGAACCUUUGGAGGUGGACAGCGAAGGGCAGCCAACCCGAACGACCUUUAUCGUCUUCGACCACAGCGUCCUGCGCCCCAGAAACUCGGCACCUCGAAGUCUAAGAAGAAAACCAAAGAGGUGUACUCCCGGUCCGACCAGCGCUGGAUUCCCGUUGACCCCGUCGCGGGAAUCAUCAGAAAGAAGGCACACUAUGAGCCCACCUCCGACAGUGGUCCGGUGCGCAUGAUCUACGUCGUCGGCUUUGAGGAAGACGGUUAUGCUCGUGACGUAACUCUGCGGUACGCUAAGAACUUUGGUGCGAAGACAGCAAAGCUUCGGCCACCAAGCAAAUCUGGCGAACCCGACUGGUGGUCUGGGAUGGUCUCAAUGUUGCAGCGCCCUAUCCACUUGAACCGCGAUGACCUGGAAGAUGCCGAGUUUGAGUUGAGUCAGAGUUCUGAGGGGAUGCCUAUGCAUCUGAGCGGCUUCAAAGACCAUCCAAUAUUCGUGCUUGAGCGCCACCUGAAACGUGAGGAAGUCCUACAACCAAAGCGAGAAUGCGGACGCUUCAGAGGAGAGCCUGUAUACCGCCGCAAACAUGUUCUUGCGUGUCGAACGGCCGAGAAUUGGAUCAGAGUCGGCCGCGUGGUGAAGAAAGACGCCAAGCCGUUGAAAUGGGUGAAACAGCGAGCGGUCACAUUGCAGAAGCGUAGGGCAAUGCAGGCCGCAGUGGAGGAAGGGUUCGAGCCUCUUCAGCAGGGCCUCUACGCCGAAUAUCAGACCGAACUUUACGUGCCCCCUCCCAUCGAGAAUAACGCGUACGGAAACAUCGAUUUGUACACACCAACUAUGCUUCCGGCCGGAGCAGUUCACCUUCCAUCUAAGGUCGCAAAAAAGCUUGGGAUUUCGUUUGCUGAGGCUGUGACCGGUUUCGAGUUCAAGAAGCAGAGGGCUAUUCCAGUUCUAACUGGCAUCGUUGUUGCAGCCGAGAACGAGGACGCCGUGCUGGAAGCAUACGAGGAGAGCGCCGCUGCUGCGGAGGAGCGCGAGAGGCAGAGGCGUGAGGACGCUGCUCUGAAGCGGUGGUCCAAACUCAUCAAUGGUCUACGCGUGAGACUGCGUCUCCGUGCCGAGUAUGGAUCAGCAGACAACAAACAAGACAACGAUCGUUUCAACCCGAUGGCGAAAGCCCCGUCAACACCCACAGGCCCGAACGUACCCAGGACUGCGGCUUCCAUUCUGCAGAUGGCUGGCCGAGACGAUGCGUCCAAGUGGCAAGAUCGUGCUGGCUUAUCACCUAGCCCGGAAGAGGAGAUGGAGGAGGUCAAGGUGGAAGCGGAGCCAGAGCUGCCUGCUGUGGACGAGGCGGUGAAGGUUGUCGACUUUGCCGAUCAACCCACGGAGGAAACGGACAUCGACGCUGCAUUACACGCUCACACCACGGACUCGGAGCCAACCGAGCUUGCAGAGGCUGGCCCAGUUCGACGUACGCGCGCGGCUGCCAGCGCUGGCUCCGGCACGCCAAAGAUCAUGCUCAGGUUCAACUCGCCAGCUGCGACACCAGCGAAGAACACGCGAGGCACGGCCAAGAGCGCCCGGGGCAAGGCUAAAGCAAACGGCAGGACGCGGGGUCGCAAGCGCAAGGCGUCGGAGAGUGAAGAGGAGGCUGAGGAGAGCGAUGUGGAGCCAGCGCCGAAGCGACGCGGCCGAGCCCCUCCUCCCGCGCCAGCAGAAGGUGUGCGGCGCAGUCUUCGCAGUCGUGCGCCGAAGGAUGCUGAGCAGCAGAGGAAAGAGGAGGAGAAGCGUGCACGCCUGCGAGCGGCACUUGCGAGUGACGACGAGGCGGAAGAUGAGGAUUAG